UUGAUCUCAACCACGACGUCGUCGGCUUGAGGAACCGCAGUUACAAACACUUUUAUACUCGCAAGCUACUGUUGGUGAUAUAUUUCCUCAAACGCUAGCAAUUCCUCCUUUUUCAACCAUUGAUCGCCAGGGCAGUUCAUCGUCAUGUCUAAUCUAGAUGUUGAGGCGCUGCUCGACGCCACGGCUAAGAAUUCAGAGAAAAAGCCGAAGAGCCCUGAUGCUGAACGUUCCAAAGAUGAUGGUAAAUCUGAUAGGCGAGAUAGAGACUCCGACCGCGAUCAUGGCCGAGAACGUGAUGGCAGCCGUGUGAGAGACAGAGAUCGAGACUACGACCGUCGCCGCCGAGAUCGUCGAGACUACAGCCUUACUCGAAGCCGUCGAGAAACGCCUGAUGCGGGCACUCCCCGUAGCGACACUGGUAGCCACAAAAGUAGGCGGAGAAGCAGGAGUCGUGAUGAUGACCGCCGUCACUCACGCCGUCACAGAGACGGCGACUAUUAUCGAGGUGGACGACGCUCGCGUUCCCGUUCGCCCCCUCGACACUAUCGCCCUCGCGAUGAUCGCGAUCGCCGAGACCGACGAGAUCGAUCCGACCGUUAUUCCAAUAAUGACUACGGCCGUGGCCGAGAUGAUGAGCGCAAUGAUGCCCGCAAUGAGGGAGGUAAUGCCCCGCUCACGGAAGACGAGCGAGAUCGGCGCACCGUCUUUGUCCAGCAGCUUGCUGCUCGGUUGCGGACUCGUGAACUGAAAGAGUUUUUCGAAAAGGUCGGAGCUGUUAAUGAGGCUCAGAUCGUGAAAGAUCGAAUCAGCGGACGCUCUAAAGGCGUCGGCUACGUUGAGUUCAAAAAUGAAGAUUCGGUUCAGCUAGCCCUCCAACUUACCGGACAGAAACUCCUAGGCAUCCCUGUCAUCGUACAGCACACGGAGGCCGAGAAGAAUCGCCAAGCUCGCAACCCAGACGCAUCGAAUGGCCAUCCCAAUUCCAUUCCAUUCCACCGCCUCUAUGUAGGCAACAUUCAUUUCAACGUCACGGAGCAAGAUUUGCAAGCUGUAUUUGAGCCAUUCGGAGAACUUGAGUUCGUUCAGCUCCAAAAAGACGACAAUGGACGCAGCCGUGGCUAUGGAUUUGUUCAAUUCCGAGAUGCUGGGCAAGCUCGCGAGGCCCUGGAAAAGAUGAACGGCUUUGACUUGGCUGGUCGUCCUAUUCGUGUUGGCCUUGGCAACGAUAAGUUUACCCCUGAGAGCACUGCCAACCUAAUGCACAAAUUUUCCGGUAAUAACCAGGGCUUCCAAGGCUCUGCGUUCUCCGGAGCAGGUGGCCGUGGUCAGCAGUCUGCAUUCGAUCGAGCUGGUGGCCGCGAUAGCGAAAAGACUGGUGGUGCUAGCGCUUUGGAUGAUACAGACGUUGCUGGCGUCAACUUUAACAACUAUAGUCGCGAUGCAUUGAUGAGAAAGCUUGCCAGGACAGACGAAGCCCCGACCAACGGCAACGACGAACGCCAGCAGAUUCUCAAGCCCAAGACGGAGACGAAACCCCUUCCUGUCAACGUAAACAUGGCGAGCCGCUGUGUCGUGUUGCACAACAUGUUUGACCCCACAGAAGAGGAGGGCGACGACUGGGUCAAAGAGCUCGAAGACGAAGUUCGCCAGGAAGCCGAAGAGCGGUAUGGACAUGUCGUCCAUAUCUCGGUCGAUCCGAACUCCAAGGGAGAUAUUUAUCUCAAGUUUGACAAAGUCCAAGGCGGCGAAAAUGCCAUCAAGGGUCUCAACGGUAGAUACUUUGGCGGCCGAAUGAUCGACGCGUCACCUGUUGUAGACGCCGUCUACAGCAGUUUGUUCUCUCGCACCCGGGCAAUCUGAAGCUAAUGCUCUCCUAUUCACAUUGUGCAAUCUAGGAACUUGGAGUCGUCCCUACGCCACCUGUGCAAGCUUUCCAGAACGAUUCCCGCUAUCGCAGAAUAGCAUCGAGAAGCAGGUUACACCUUUUGUCCAACCGAAUACUAAAACAGCCAAGCUCUUUUGGUGCAGCAGAUUUCUUGAAUCACGGGGCGCCUUGGUCGCCAACUUUUGUCCAUUUAAUAAUGCGUUUUAGCACCUCUUCACAUGGCAAUGUCCCAAACUGAUGUUUGUGUGCCUAGGACGGUCAUCGGUAGUCGUUUUGGCCUUGAAAAUCGUUUUCCAAAAUCGUGUAGGAUUAGUUCUGAUACCGUAGCAAAUAGUAACAACAAAACUUUUUAGAGUAUACAAUACAUCUGAAUCACGAUG